AUGCAACCUCUUGCAGACUGGACGUCCACGAGUCCACGGCUGUGCCUGCAGGCUGGCCGUCAUGUAGACACGCGUCAGCAUGGGAGUCACACUCCUGCGGCACACUACCAUGCCUGUCAAGCAGACAGACAUGGACACCUUCACAUUCACCCGUUGAGGUUGCCUGGCGGCCAUUCAAUUGGACGCUCGAGCUGCUGCUGUUGUUGCUGCUGCUGCUGCUGCUGUUGCUGCUGCAUCAAGCGGCAGCGCAGUCAGUCUGGAGGCAUCAACACAUAA